ACACAACGUACCGCAUUGUUGUUGGGGGAAGAGAAGCUCGGGCAGCCGCUGAGCUCAGCCACUUCUGACUGCCUUUGAACGGUCCUAGCGAUCGGCGUGUGCCCUGAUCAGAGUAGAACAACCGGAACCGGCUCCGUCGCCCUGGAUACCUGCCGGUCACUCUCACGAUUUUACUCGGUUCAGCGCGAGCCGCGGCCGCCGUUGGAUGAGCGGACCGAAUGUGGAUUUAACUGCCGCUUCGCUCCUCAGGCCGCGCCGCCAUUGCUGCUGUUUUUACAAGCUGAAUUCGUGAAAACACCGAGGGUCUUUACGGCUUCAACAUGAAGAAAAAAGGUCGAAAUCACCGUCCGUCUGUGCUCAAGAGGGAUUCGUCUCCCAUCAAGCCGUCGCCCAACCGGGAGACACUGACGUACGCACAAGCUCAGCGAAUGGUGGAGCUGGAGGUCGACGGCCGUGUGCACCGGCUCAGCAUCUAUGACAAGCUGGACGUGAUCACUGACGACGACCCCACGGCUCAGGAGAUCAUGGAAUGCAACAGCAACAAGGAGAACAACGAGAAGCCCCAGCAGGUCCUGGUGCGCUCUGUGCGCCUCAAAAACAACCAGCAGAAGAAGAACGCAGCACUCACAGCCUCACAUGGCACCAGCGGCACCCACAGCAGUGCCAGUGGCCUGUUGGAGCCAAAGGUUAGAACGGUUGAAUACAAUCUGCCGGUAGUGCCGAGGAGGCCGGCACCAUAUUACAAAUACACGGAGAGAACGGCGGAGGAGCUGGAUGAGGAAGUGGAGUACGACAUGGACGAGGAAGACUACGCGUGGCUGGAGCUCAUCAACGAGAAGAGAAAGAGCGAGGGCAUCAGCCAGGUGUCGCACAACCUGUUUGAGUUCCUGAUGGACCGCUUUGAGAAGGAGUCGUACUUAGCCACACAGGGCCAGAGCGACCUGCAGUCACUGGUGGACGAGGACGCCGUCUGCUGCAUCUGCAUGGAUGGAGAUGGAGCAGACAGUAAUGUUAUCCUCUUCUGCGACUCUUGCAACAUCGCAGUGCACCAGGAGUGCUACGGCGUGCCGUACAUCCCUGAGGGCCAGUGGCUGUGCCGCCACUGCCUGCAGUGUCCGUCACGGCCCGCUGAGUGCGUCUUCUGCCCCAACCGCGGUGGAGCCCUGAAGAAGACGGAUGACGACCGCUGGGGCCACGUAGCAUGUGCUCUGUGGGUCCCCGAGGUCGGCUUCUCCGACACGGUUUUCAUCGAGCCCAUCGACGGCGUCCGCAACAUCCCGCCAGCCCGCUGGAAGCUGACCUGCUACCUGUGUAAGGAGAAAGGCGCCGGAGCGUGCAUUCAGUGUGACAAAAUCAACUGUUACACCGCCUUCCAUGUCAGCUGCGCCCAGAAGGCCGGCCUCUGCAUGAAGAUGGAGCCUGUCAAAGAACUGACAGCGUCCGGCGCCACCACCUUCUCUGUGAAAAAGACUGCCUACUGCUGCAGCCACACACCCGAAGGCUGCGACCGCCGGCCGCUCAACAUCUACGAGGAGCCGCACCUGAAAAAUGGAGCCUGCCACAAGAGGGCCGACAAGAUGGGGAAGGCCCGGGCCAAGGGCUGGCCGAAGAAGAAGAGUAAGAGAGUGGAGCCCGAACCAGAACCAGAACCUGAGACCCCAACGAACUCUGGUCCCAGUAUAACGGCCUCAAGUUUGGACACCAUCCUGAACCAGGUGGCGGUUCAGAGGAAGCGUCCGUUUGUCGAGAGGGUGCUGAGCUACUGGGUGCUGAAGAGGCAGUCGAGGAACAACGUGCCGCUGAUCCGCCGCCUGCAGGCCAACCCUCAGCCACCCAAAGUCAAGCAGAUGGACCGUAUGGAGACGAACCAGGUGCUGAAGGAGCAGCUGAAGGAGUGGCACCGCCUCCGCCAUGACCUGGAGCGAGCUCGUCUGCUGCUGGAGCUCAUCAGGAAGAGAGAGAAACUGAAGAGGGAGGAGAUGAAGCUGCAGCAGUCGGUGCUGGAGGUCCAGCUGACCCCCUUCAACAUCCUGUUAAGGGCCGUGCUCAGUCAGCUACAGGAGAAGGACCAGUAUAGCAUCUUCGCUCAGCCCGUUAGCAUCAAGGAGGUUCCUGACUACCUGGACAUCAUCAAGAACCCCAUGGAUUUCUCCACCAUGAGGAAACGCAUCGAUGCUCACGGCUACAGGAGCCUGGAGGAGUUUGAGGCGGACUUCAACCUCAUCAUCGCCAACUGCAUGACCUACAAUGCCAAGGACACAUUCUUCUACAAGGCAGCUCAACGGAUGCAGGAUCACGGAGGAGCCAUACUCCGCAGGGCCCGCAGAGAGACCGAGCGAAUCGGCUUCGACUUCCCCAGCGGGUUGCAUCUGCCCGAAGCCCCGAAAUUAGAGACGCCGCCCCCCUUCUCCUGGGAAGAUGUGGACCGCCUGCUGAGCCCCGCCUACCGACAGCUGACCCCUCUAGAGGAUCAGCUGAAGGAGCUGCUGGAGAAGCUGGACCUGAGCACGGCCAUGAAGCACAGCCCGUCCCGGAGCAAGAGGCUCAAACUGCUCAAGAAGACCAUCUUGGAGGUCCGCAGCGAGAUGAGUCUGAAGAAGUCCCUCCCUCCGCCAGCACCCGCCCCCCCGGAGCCCAGCCCGCCCCCCACUGAGUCAGAUGAGAAACCACUACCUGAACCCCCAGCAGAUCCCUGCACUUCACGGGAGGAGAAGUCUUUACCUCCGCCAACGUUAGAGCUGUUGACCUCACCAUCUCAGCUCGACACCUCACCCAGCAACUUGGAGCCGCCCCCUCUGAAGCCCGUCAAACCCAGCAUGGACCAGACUCCCAUGGAGCUUGACAGUGACACGUCUACCUCAGUACCCUCAGACCCCCCCAACGGGCACAUCCCAGACCCACUGCUCCCCAACGGCGACCUCACCACCGAAGCCUCCGGCGUCUGCAACCGACGGACCAACGUCCUCUUCCGCAAGUCCAAGAGUGCCAGCCCACAGAAACCACCCAAGACCCAAGAGGCAUCCGCUGUGCCGCCGCCGUCCCUGGGCGCCAAAACCUUCCUCUCAGUUGUGAUACCUCGACUGGAGACACUCCUCCUGCCGAAGAAAAGAACCCGCAGCAGCAGCGCCGACGGGGAGGAGGACGAUGAGGAGUCGCCUAUAAAACGCCUCGGCACAGGAAUAGCAAACGGUUUUGUGGUAGAGGAGGAGGAAAUCUCUCAGUCUCCUCGCCUGCUGGAGCCUCGCCGCCGCUGUGCCUCCGAGUCGAGCAUUUCCUCCAGUGGAAGCGUCCUCUGCAGCACGAGCACCGUCAUCGUGUCUAAAAGCGGUAAAGGGCGGCCGGCGGCAGCUCGACGGAGCACCGUGGACGACAAGAGCACUCUGAUGACCUGCAUCGAGAACGGAGAGUUCACCAAAGCUGCCAAGAUCUCUUCAGAUCAUGGACCCCAGAGUGCGGAGGACGGUGUGUCAGCACAACGGGGUGGAGCUUCCCCAGCCACCGCUGGACGUUCUCAGAGCCGGAGAGCGGAUGCAGUUCAGGUCCGCAGAGAAACUCUUCCUCGUCCACUUCUUCGACAGCAAGCGCAGCUGGUGAGGAACUCGCCGACCCACUUCGCUGUUGUGUCAGGGAAAAAGAAACCAGAUGGGUGAAAAAUAAAGUAUCUGAAAAACAAAAGUAAUCUGCCUAGAAAAGCAUAAAAUAAAGCAGGGGUUUAAUAAAGUAUCUUCUUUUUUGCCUUUGUUGAUUCCCUAGACGGUGAAUUUUGGAUGCGUAUUAUUGGCCAAAGAUUUCUCUUAGAAAGAUCUGAGAAAAGACUGCUCAGGAUCAAAGCUUUUCAAGAUCCUGUUUUGACAUGAGUCCUCAUGAUGUAGCUUAAUUUUUCAGAUGAUAAAAGGCUGACACAGUGAUUGAUUUUAUUAGGUAAAAGUGGUCAAAUUUAGAUUUGAGCACCCAAAGAUCUGGCCUGAUUCUUUGUCUUUACAGAUAAGGGGUUAAUGUAUGCUGUGAUUUUGUGGUUUAAGUGUCAGCAACAAAGACAGACAGUCACCUCAGUUUUGUCUUUAUUUAGCAACAGAUAAUUCUGGCACUUCGGUCGGUGUUAAAUGUACUGACACACGAGUCAUAGGACCACAGUCUUCCGGGGAAAGAAAAGUGUGUCAUCAGAUGAAUGUGGUCAGAAAUGUCGAUAUUUUCUAUGGGGCUUGGGCAGUUUGUGUAAUUUACAAACUGCACAAAGACUGUCACAUCACCAUGUAACAUUAGGUUGAUCAGCUGGAGUCAAAACAACUCCCUCAUCUCCAAAUAACAAAAGCAAACCAAAUUACCACCAACCAAAGAAAAUAAGCAGCGAGAAUCCAACGCACGCAUGCUCAGAUCUUAACAUUUGAAGCUAUUUAAGCAAGUAACCCAAUAAUGCAGUAAAACGUAACGUGCAUUUCCGCUGCGGUUCACAAGAUGGUACAAAAUGGGAAGCUGUGACACUAUUGAGUGGUUACAAGCCAACACCAUGAAAGUAAAACAUACUGUAGACACAGCAAGAAAUAAAUUGUACAGUGACAAUCAAUUUAAAAGCAAAUUAAAUGAAUAGUAAAUGAAUAAAACUAAUACUGGACACCUGGUCAAAAUAUAGCAAAGGUUGCAAAAGAUGAGUUCUGAGUUUUCUGAAAAUGGAACGUUCUGGUCCUUGAUUGAAGUCGGCUUAGCCGCGUUCGAAGCCCUGUGACCUGUGACCGCAUUACAUCAGUGUUCCCGCGCCAGCGACGGGGCUUAAAUGCCCGACACCGCAACGAGAGAAGAUUCUGGAGCAAAAUCCGAUUAAAACGCACCUGUACCAGCAAAGAGGAGUGCCAGCAUAGUUGAAUGCCGCUUCAACAAAUUCAUAAUUAAUGGCGAUAAGAGAUAAAUGUUGAUCAUCAUCCCGAUCUUUAAGCGGGCUUUCCACUGCGUCUGUGUGUUGCUUGGCAACCAUUCUGCUAAAUGUCGCUGAAAAACGACAUUGCUUGGCAGAAGGAUGAUUAUUUGUUAUCAAUAA